AUGGUUCUUGUGUUGGUGGAUUUUAAUUACCAUCUUAUUUAUUACUUUUCUAAUCCUUCUCCCUUGCUGUUUUACAGAUACACACGGUUUCUUAAAGAUUUUCUGGAGUCUGCAGAGCAGAAUUACUUUGUUGGAUUUCAUGUGCAUUAUUAUAUAUUCACUGAUGAACCAGAACAGGUUCCUGCAGUGGAACUGGGUGAAGGCCAUCAUCUGACUGUGAUAAAAGUCCCUAGUUCUAACAGAUGGCAGGAUAUCAGUUUGAGCAGGAUGAAAAGACUGGAGAAACUGAUCGAGAGUCGACUGGUCAAUGAAGCCGACUAUGUUUUCAGCCUUGAUGUGGACACAAAGUUCUAUGGUCGUUGGGGGGUAGAGACUUUGGGUCGCCUAGUAGGUGUGAUACAUGCAUGGUUUUAUAGUUCCUCUCGUGAACAAUUCACAUAUGAACGCAGGCCAGAGUCUCAAGCAUUCAUUCCUUACUCUGAGGGUGAUUAUUAUUAUGGUGGAGCUGUGAUCGGUGGCUUAGUGAAAGAUGUAUAUCAGCUUGCUAAAACCUGCCGGGAGCAGCUGGAGAUUGAUGCAUCUAAAUCCAUCGAGGCGGUAUGGCAGGAGGAGUCUCAUUUGAACAAGUACUUCCUUUAUAACAAACCCAGUAAAUUGCUUUCACCCGAGUAUCUGUGGGAUGACAAAAGAUCUAAACCAGAAGAGCUCAAAGUCAUUCGAUUCUCUCAAGUUCUUAAAAACUAUGCUGAAGUUCGUCCAAACCCUUAGCAGCUGUUUCCAGAAACAUGGAUAUUAUUUGUACUUUAUUUGAACAAAUAUUUAGUCGUUUUUGUCUUAGUUUCAUUUUCAUGGAGUUUUAGUUUGUUUUUCUUCAGUCACAGUUUGUCACUGUGUUUACUGAUAUUAGUCAUUCUGUUCAGCAGGGAAAGUUUGGGUCUCAUUUCUUGGUUUUAUCUUGAUGUUUGGUGUGAAUAUUUAAAAAAUAUUUGAUAUUAAAAAUAUUAAAAUAUGAAUAUUUGUAAAAUUCAGAUAGAACCUUAUAUUUCCUAGGGGACGAUAUGCAAAAUGGCAAUGCAUUUCUGCAUUUAAAUUGACAUUUUCCACACCAUAUGUGCAACCUUUUGAGUGUAAAUACAAUUGAGAAAAAAAAAAUUCAAUGAUGAUUUUACUUUUUUUUUUUUUUUUUUUGCUUGAACAUGCUAAACAUAUAUUAUCAUUUCUGUAAUACAUUUUUAUUUUAAUUUUGCAACUUAUAAAGCGUUAACAUAUAAUUUA